AUGAGGAAAUUGGGGAUCAGAAAUUUGAAAAGAGAACAUGGAGGGUAUCUAUGCACUGCAUUAGAGAAGAUGACUCACCUGCGGUCACUAAUUGUUAGUUCGAUCGAUCCCAGGAAUGAAAUUCUUGAUGUGCAAUCAAUAUCUUCUCCUCCUCUUCAGCUGCCAAGUCUCAGGCUUAGGGGUCAAUUAGAAAUGGUACCGGAUUGGAUUUCCAAACUGCACAAUUUGGCUAAACUGAGAUUAAGUUUUUCAAAUUUGACGGAUGGUUCGUUUAAAAUCCUUCAAACUCUGCCCAACUUAAAAUAUCUUGGACUCAUAGGUGCAUACAACGGAGAGAAGAUACAUUUUGAAGGAGGAGGGUAUCAGAAACUCAAGUUUCUGUAUCUUGCAGGCUUGAGUCAUUUGAGUACAAUGUUAAUAGAUGAAGGAGCAUUGCCAGUUCUUGAAGGCCUAGCAAUGGGACCCUGCCCACAACUGAAGAAGGUGCCUUCUGGAUUUCAACACUUGAAAUAUCUCAAAGAGUUAUCGUUUGCAGGGAUGACAAAAGAGUUCACUCAAAGAUUGUCACAGCAAGACCAUGAGAUAGUCCGGCAUGUGCCAAUUCUCCGAUAUGAUGGUAUUUAUGAUCCCAGCGAUGAAAGAUCUUAUGCAGCAUGGCAAUACCAAGUCAGGCCGGCUGCGACAGUUGGUGUGAAGAUAUGGUCAGCAUCAGCUGGAAGGAACUCAGUAGAAUUGUCUGUUAAUGUUUCUGGGACUUGGAACUUCGUCCUCGACAUAGUCCCCGACGACAGUAUGCUCCACAAAAUGGUCUGUGAAAACAAAAAUAACAAGAUAUCUCAACAUGGAUUUAUAGGUGUGCCGUAA